AUGCAUCAUGACACGUUAAGUGCACGCUCCUUUCUCGACAACAUUUCAAAAGGUCAAGUGGAAAACAAUUUGCAAUGGAUGUUAGGUCAAGAAUUACAAGGGUCAAUAGUUGGUAUUGUUGGCUUGGGCAAUAUCGGGCAAGCUAUUGUCAAGCGAUUGAAAGGAUUCGACGUGGGUCGUUUUGUUUAUACUGAUUAUUGUCGUAUGAAGGCAGGUAUAUGUCUUGGCGCCCAUUUUGUAUCACUUGACGAGCUCCUCGAGCAAAGCGACCUCGUAAUAGUGGCUACACCACUAAUAAAUGAAACCAGAGGAAUGUUUAAUGACAAUGCAUUUAGUAAAAUGAAGAAAACAGUAGUAUUCGUAAACAUCGGUUGUGGAGAAGUUGUAAAUACGGAAGCUUUGGUUAAAGCACUUCGUAGUAACAGUAUUUUUGCGGCGGGACUCGAUAUCACUGACCCAGAAUCAUUGUCUUCUGACCACCAACUUCUUAAACUUCCUAAUGCUGUGAUUUUACCAUACUUGGGCAGUGGCACCGUGAAAACUCGGGAUAAUAUGUCAAUUAUUGCAGCAGAGAACACUCUCAAUGGACUCGAGGGUAGUAUACGAAUUAUAAUUGACAAGUUUGUUUGA